AUGGAUAUCAAUUCAAUAAUAGAUAAAUACCUAACAUCAUGGUAUCCAACUUCAAUACCCACAACAACAACUUCAAUAAGUUAUAUAAAUCCAACAUAUAUAGAAGGUUUAAAAUUAACUGCAUUACAAUUACAACAAGAAUUGGCUACACAAACUAAUUCAAUAUCAUUAUAUUUUUUAUCAAGAAAUGCAAGAGCUGCUGCUGCUUCUUAUACAAUUUUAAGUAAUCAACAACUUUUGGCUAGUAUUACUGAUACUUAUGAAACUUCUUUUGAAACUACUGCAGCAGUUUCUGAACCAUUGACUGAAUUUGUUAUAACUGCCACUGAAACUAUAUCUAGUCAAACUUCAACUUUAACAAGUUCAAUAAAUUUAUCACAUAUAACUGAUGAAAUGAUAAAUUCAACAUUAUUAUUAAAAAAAUUAGAAUGGGAUUCAAACUUAUAUGCCAUAAAUAUAUCAGUACCAUUUAAUUUAUUAUUUACCAUUUUUUUCAUACUAUUAUUAUUAAGUUUCAUCAUAAUUGCUUGUUUAAGAAGUAAAUCAAAAUAUUUUUCAAUUUGUAUGAGUGCUGGUUGUUUAUUAGAAGCGGUUGGGUAUAUAUGCAGAUCAAUUGCUCAUUAUAAUUGGUCAAAUCCAAAUUUAUUCGUACUACAAAUUAUUUGCUUAACUGUUUCACCUACAUUUAUAAUGGCAUCAAUAUAUUAUUUUUUAUCACAACUAAUAGUAGUUUAUGGUUCCAAUUUUUCACUACUAAAACCUAGUUUUAUAUCUUGGAUUUUCAUAUGUUUCGAUUUAAUUAGUUUGUGUACUCAAGCUUGUGGAGGGAUAAUUGCAGCUAUAGCAUUGAAAAAUUUCCAAAAUACUGCUGUGGGGACUUUUAUAAUGGUUGCAGGAAUUGGGUUUCAAGUUUUAUCUAUGACUUUAUUCCUAACUUUUGUUUUGAAUUUCUUGAGGAGAAUUUAUUUUGUUUCAGAUUCCAGGAGAUUUAAUUUAACAGAAUUUUUUGCAUUAUUAUUCAACACCAAAAAUGGAGUUAAAAUACGACAAGAAAACAAAUUAGAAGCAAGAUAUGAUUCAAGGUAUCAAGAAUUAAGAAAUAGAAAAUAUUUCAAUUAUAUGCCAUUAAUUAUAUUAAUUUCAUCAAUUUGCAUAUAUAUUAGAUGCAUAUAUAGAGUAAUCGAAUUAAGUGAAGGAUGGAGAGGAUUUUUAAUUACUCAUGAACCAUUUUUAUUAACAUUAGAUGGAUUAAUGGUAUUUUGCAGUUGUUUAAUAUUUGUCCCAUUCCAUCCUAUGUUAAUAUUAGGUAAAACUUUCAAUAUUUCAAUUAAGAAAAGUUUGUCAAUUAAUGAAAAAUCUCAUGAAGAUAAUGGAAGUUUUAUAUCCUAUAAUUAUAAUGAAUUUGAUGAUGAUAGUAGUAUUAAAAAAUUUAGUGAUAUUUCAAAUAUUGACAAGAAUGAGGUCCAUUCUUCUAGUACGUUGUCUUCUGGUACUACUUUUAAUAGUAUAUCAUUACCAAUUAAAGCUCAAAUUCCACAAGAAAAUGGAAAUAAUAAUCAAAAUCUACAAUAUAAUCCUUAUGACAAUUAUCAUACCAAUAAUAAUCAACAACAUCAGAAUUUCAAUCCUUACAAUAGUAGAGACAAAACUUACAACAUUAACAAUGUUGACCAACCAAUGACCAAUUCAAUUAGUUUAACUUCAAGCAAUAGUAAUAUAACAAACAAGAACUCUUACAAUCAUUAUAAAGAAUCAGACUACAUCAACAAUACCAAAAAUCAUACAAUGAAUACUUCAAAUAGUAGAAAUUCAAAUUCAAGCUCAAAUAACACAUCGACCAAAAAUUCAUCUGAUCAAUCAAAAACAUAUUCCAAUCCAUAUUUAACACCAACAAGAUUUGCUCAUUAUAAUGGAAAUAAUUCAUCUACAACUACAAACAAUACUCCAAGAUCAGACACUACGAACAGUACUCCAAGAUCAAACAAUCAUGACUUUGAAUUUAAUACUUAUAAUCGACAACGUUAA